UUGUUCAUCAAGAUGGAAAACUCAGAUUCUAAUGAUAAAGGUGAUCAGUCUGCAGCACAGCGCAGAAGUCAGAUGGACCGAUUGGAUCGGGAAGAAGCUUUCUAUCAGUUUGUAAAUAACCUGAGUGAAGAAGAUUAUAGACUUAUGAGAGAUAACAAUUUGUUAGGCACCCCAGGUGAAAGUACUGAGGAAGAGUUGCUGAGACGGCUACAACAAAUUAAAGAGGGCCCACCACCACAAAACUCAGAUGAAAAUAGAGGUGGAGACUCUUCAGAUGAUGUGUCUAAUGGUGACUCUAUAAUAGACUGGCUUAACUCUGUCAGACAAACUGGAAAUACAACAAGAAGUGGGCAGAGAGGAAAUCAGUCUUGGAGAGCAGUGAGCCGGACUAAUCCAAACAGCGGUGAUUUCAGAUUCAGUUUAGAGAUAAAUGUUAACCGCAAUAAUGGAAGCCAAAAUCCAGAGAAUGAGAAUGAGCCAUCUGUAAGACGUCCUAGUGGAGAAAAUAUGGAAAACAAUAGCCAAAGGCAAGUGGAAAAUCCACGUUCUGAAUCGACAUCUGCAAGGCCAUCUAGAUCAGAACGAAAUUCAACUGAAGCACUUACAGGAGAAGUACCACCUACCAGAGGUCAGAGGAGGGCAAGAAGCAGGAGCCCAGAUCACCGGAGAACCAGAGCAAGAGCUGAAAGAAGUAGGUCACCUCUGCAUCCAAUGAGUGAAAUUCCACGAAGAUCUCAUCAUAGUAUCUCAUCUCAGACUUUCGAGCAUCCUUUGGUAAGUGAGACUGAGGGAAGUUCUAGAACCCGGCACCAUGUGACAUUGAGACAGCAAAUAUCUGGACCUGAGUUACUAAGUAGAGGUCUUUUUGCAGCUUCUGGAACAAGAAAUGUCUCUCAAGGAGCAGGUUCUUCAGACACAGCUGGCAGUGGUGAAUCUACAGGAUCAGGACAGAGACCUCCAACCAUAGUCCUUGAUCUUCAAGUGAGAAGAGUUCGUCCUGGAGAAUAUCGGCAGAGAGAUAGCAUAGCUAGCAGAACUCGGUCAAGGUCUCAGACGCCAAACAACACUGUCACUUAUGAAAGUGAACGAGGAGGUUUUAGACGUACAUUUUCACGUUCUGAGCGGGCAGGUGUAAGAACCUAUGUCAGUACCAUCAGAAUUCCUAUUCGUAGAAUCUUAAAUACUGGUUUAAGUGAGACUACAUCUGUUGCAAUUCAGACCAUGUUAAGGCAGAUAAUGACAGGUUUUGGUGAGUUAAGCUACUUUAUGUACAGUGAUAGCGAUUCAGAGCCUGGUGGCUCAGUUCCGAGUCGAAAUCUCGAAAGGGCAGAGUCACGAAAUGGAAGAGGGGGUUCUAGUGGUAGUAGCAGUUCUGGUUCCAGUUCAAGUCCUAGUUCCAGUUCGAGUCCUAGUUCCAGUUCCAGUGGUGAAAGUUCAGAAACUAGCUCAGAGGUGUUUGAAGGCAGUAAUGAAGGAAGCUCAUCAUCAGGCUCAUCAGGUGCCAGGCGAGAGGGUCGACACAGGGCCCCAGUCACAUUUGAUGAAAGUGGCUCUUUGCCCUUCCUUAGUCUGGCUCAGUUUUUCCUCUUAAAUGAGGAUGAUGAUGACCAACCUAGAGGACUCACCAAAGAACAGAUUGACAACUUGGCAAUGAGAAGUUUUGGUGAAAAUGAUGCAUUAAAAACCUGUAGUGUUUGCAUUACAGAAUAUACAGAAGGCAACAAACUUCGUAAAUUACCUUGUUCCCAUGAGUACCAUGUCCACUGCAUCGAUCGCUGGUUAUCUGAGAAUUCUACCUGUCCUAUUUGUCGCAGAGCAGUCUUAGCUUCUGGUAACAGAGAAAGUGUUGUGUAAUUGAGAUCUGAAUUCUCAGCUAUGUAGCUGGUAUAGUGAUGGGCAAACAGGAAUCACUUGCUUUAUGUCCACUUUUUGAGUGGUGCUUAAAUGUAAAGUAAAAA